CUUUUUCUGAAACCAAAACAAGAAAAUAGCAGAAGACGCUGCUGGUGGGGCGACCUGAGCUGAGAUUUCUGAAAUCUCUAACAAACACAAUUCAAUUUUCAUCAAACAUGUGGAAAAGAAUCUCUGCUCAUCUUCACCAAUCGCCAUGGCGAUCUGCCCAACAACAACAACAGAACUUAAGAAGAAUCCACCAACAACAACGUCUUAUCAGUUCUGUUUCUUCAACAUCGUCUUCAUCUUAAACAUCCGUUCCUCCUUUUCAGAAAACUACUCCACUCUUUUCUCAACACUCUGAUACUAUUCUGUCAAAGGUGAAGAAGACUGUUGAGGAUGUAAUGCCAAUCGCGACUGGUCACGAAAGGGAAGAAAUUGAGGCUGCACUUCAGGGAAAGAAUCUUCUAGAGAUGGAUUAUCCUGAAGGUCCAUUUGGUACUAAGGAUGCACCUGCUAUUGUAAAAUCAACCUAUGACAAAAGAAUCGUCGGAUGCCCUGGUGGUGAAGGCGAUGAGCACGAUGUUGUUUGGUUUUGGCUGGAGAAAGGAAAGCCACAUGAAUGCCCUGUUUGUACUCAAUAUUUCGAGCUUCAAGUGGUUGGCCCAGGCGGAUCUCCAGAUGGUCACGGCGAUGAUGACCAUCAUUAAUGUUCUUGUUAGUCGAUGUUGGUCUUGGUGAUGUUCAUUUCGGUUGCCUUUGUCCAUUGAUGUUUGUCAUGAAUUAGAACCUUUAUUGUCUUUAUAUACUCUUUCCCAAAGAAUUUACUCGAAUAAACACCGUAUUUCUUUAAUCUUGAAAUUAACGGAAACAUGAAAGAAAUCCCUUAUUUAGUUUUUCAAAUACUAAAUUAUCCUCUCGUAAUCAUAAUUCUUAGAGGAAUUCAAAAGUUCUGUAUAGACUUCAUUUGUUUUCCCGUAGAACACCAUUACCCAUGUGCACUCCUAGAUCAUUGCUGUUUUGAAUUUUAUCGUUUUUGGAUUUUGUUUAUAUAGAGAUUCGAUAUUCUAGAAACAAGAAAAUGGUUCUGUUAAAACCUAAGACUCCAUGUAAGACAGGAAGCAUAGGCAUGUUUUAAGUCAUUUCUUGCGAUGAACGCGUUCAGUGCUUGUUUACCUUAAAACCACGUAGUACUUUCUUCUUCCUUUUCAUCAUUAUUCGUUAUAUUCUGUGAGUUGUAUCUUCGAUUCUCCAUUAGCAAGUACCCGCGAAAUAUGUCUUCUCGUCUGCGUGAAACCAUUGCAGAAUGUCUGUUUUUCUUGAACAGUGGAUCCAGUACUGAUCAUCUAGGCCAAGCUACCUCAGAUGUAGAAGUUCAGAAGAGAGCCCUACAGACUUUAUCUUCUUUAACCGCAGUCAGUCCCCUGAAUAGGAACUUAGUUGCACAAACAGGAGUUGUUUCUACUCUUCUUAAUCUUUCAAGAUCCUCUUCUCCGCCGACCAUCCAGUUUCUGUCACUAUCAAUUCUCUUCCGUCUCUCUCUAAAUUCUAACCUCAAGCCACUUAUAGCAGAUAUGGAGAUGAUUCAUCAUCUCAAUUCUCUGAUCAUUUUCCAAACUUGUCCAGAUUCUGGAAAGAUGGCUGCUUCCCUGAUUUAUAGUCUAGCCAUGUUAGAUAAGAAUAAAGCUGUAUUUGGAGUUGCGGGUACAGUUCAAGCCCUUGUAAAAUCCCUGGAAUAUCAACCCACUUGUAUCAACACUCAUCAUGUCCUCAGUUCUUUAGCUGAGCUUGUCCAGUUUCAUGGGAACUCCACCUUAGCUGUUCGUGCAGGAGCCGUCCCUGUACCGAUUCAAGUCGUGAGGUGCAAUGACGGUGAGCUCGCAGGAACUGCACUUUCUAUUCUAGUUCUUCUUGGAAGGUUAAAAGAAGGAAUCCAUGCCAUAAGAAAUACUGAAGACAUUUUGAGUUUGAUGGUUGAUGUAAUGAAGAGAAGAUGUAUGAUGAGCAAGGAAGGUUCAGCUGACCUCCUUCCGCUAUUUGAAGAAAAUGAAGGUUGCAUAAAAAGUGCAGUGGAAUUUCCAGACUUCUCAUCUCUAGUCGCUGAUCUUUCUGUUCGAGGUUCAGCUAAAGCCAGAGGCAAAGCUAGUUUGAUAUUGAAAAAGAUCAUGGAAGUAAACUCGGAUUCUUAUAGCGAAUCUUCUGUGCUUUAUAUUUAGUAUACUGGGUUCUUAUAGUUUGCUUGCACAAGUCCUGAUUUUUUGUGCUCGUUUUGUGUCUACA